AUGGGCACAACUGCCGCAGCUGUGUGCAGGUACCCUGCCCUGCUUCAGAGAGUGAUCCAGGAGGAUAUCCUGACGCUGCUACUCAGUGGCAGUGCGGCUGGCGAUCUCAUUGAAGUUGCUGCUGGUGUAUCCCUCAGAGAACUCUCACACCCUCAAGGGCUUCUCCCAGCCCAACCUGCCUGUGGUGUGGCGUUCACACAAGAAAGCCUGGGUGACCACGAGCAUCUUCCAGGAGUGGUUUGUGCACUUCUUUUGCCCAGUUGUGGAGAGGUUCUGUGCCCAUCACUGCUUGUCUUGGACAGUGUCCCUGGCCACCCUGGGAACCUGGACGACCUCUCCGACCAUGUGUGUGUGGAGUACUUGCCCAAGAACACGACGGCCCUCUUCCAGCCCAAGAACCAGGGCAUUGUUGCCACCUUCAAGGCCUGCUGCUUAUGGAGGGUCUUCUGCCUGUUGGCGUUGAGGGUGGGAGGCAGGGACCAGCAGUCUGUGGUCUUCGACUUCUGGCGAGUAUACAGCAUCCUUGAUGCUGUCUACAACAUCUCUGAGUCCUGGGAGGAGGUCCCACCAGCGACGCUGAGUAGGGGGUGGAGAAAGCUGUGGCCUCAGUGCAUCAAGCGGGAGGCCAGCAGGCUGCAUGUGGAAACUCUACUACAGAUCCGGGCAGGACAUCCUGGCACUGACACAUGUUGCAGGUUUCAGAGAGGUGGCAGAGGCAGAUGUGGUUGAGUUGCUUUAGAGCCCUGGGGCAGACCUGUCCAAGAGGAACUGAUUAGCAAUUGGAUGCUAAUUGUCACCCUGUCCUGUUCUCUGAAAUGAUGCUGUGCCCCAUCUGAUUGGUUGGGGAGAGAGAGGAGAGACUGGUGGGUGAGCUAGAGAGGUAGAAUACUCACCAGAUCUCCAAGCCCCCAGCAAGGGGCAUCCUCAUGGCUGCAGGUGUCCCUUGGCCAGAGCUGGAUGCUAAUUCUUCCUUUCUUCUUGUCUCCUCCCCUGGUCUCUCUGCCUUGCACUCCUCUCUUUACCGGUUUCCAUCUGAUACCUGCCAUGCCCUUUUGACUUUCUUCUCCCUGUGGACACGGCUCAUUCCAGACAGUGGUGGCAUUUGGAGAAAAGGCCGUGGAUCCCACAAGGGAAUGCUGGGGGCCACCCAUUGCUCUGCAGAAGGUGACCUUUGGGGAUGUGACCUGUGUGGGUAAGGAUGCGGAUUUUGGGGAGUGGGUUGGCCUUAUUGCUGGACAUACAGGCCCUCAGGUGAGUGGUCUGUCUCCAGCUAUGGGUUCCUGCUGCAGAAGGUCUUUACUCGAGACUACCUUCUUUCCACAGGAGUUGGGAGAUGGAGGGCUGCUCUAGAGGACUGGUUAUUGUUUAAAUUUGGCCUGAAGGUUUUGCUGUCAAGCCUAGAUGCCCACACAUCUCCCAUCUGCCUUCUGUACACACCUGUGCACACCUGGCGGGCAUAUGUCCAGACUCCAGCUCAUAUUACAUACAUGAAAUGAGUACUACCUGCUGGCUGGACCUAUCACACCUGAGCAGGAAAUUCUUCUAUCCCAAAACUUGGGCCAUCUUGGACACCCAGAGCUCUGGCUUCUCCUGGGAGUGGCUACUGUGGGUGUAUCUUGAGAUCCCAGGGUUGCCGGUCAGCUACUCCCAUUUGGGUGUCUGCACCACUCAAUGUAGAAUCAGAGUCAGAUGAACAACAACAACAACAACAACAACAACAACAACAACAACAAAAAUCAGAGUCAGAUGAAAGGUUGAUUUUAAACACCAUUUUUGGAUAUGUUAAUCAGAUAAGG